CCGGGCUUCGGGCGCCGCGGCAGGCAUGUGGGGCGCCGCGGAGGCGGCCCCAGUGGCCGCGGCGUCGCAGGAGGAGAGCGAGGACGAGAGCGAGGUGCUGGAGGAGAGCCCGUGCGGCCGCUGGCAGAAGCGCAAGGAGCAGGUGAACCAGGGCAACAGGCCGGGUCUGCAGAGCACGUUCCUGGCCAUGGACACGGAGGAGGGCGUGGAGGUGGUAUGGAACGAGCUGCAGUUCACCGACAAGAAGGCUUUCGUGGCGCACGAGGAGAAGAUCAAGACUGUGUUCGAGCAGCUGGUCGUCGUCGACCACCCCAACAUCGUGAAGGUGCACAAGUACUGGCUGGACGUGACGGAAUCCAAGGCCCAGGUGAUCUUCAUCACGGAGUAUGUCUCGUCGGGUAGCCUGAAGCAGUUCCUGAAGAAGACCAAGAAGAACCACAAGGCCAUGAACGCCCGGGCCUGGAAGCGCUGGUGCACCCAGAUCCUCUCAGCCCUCAGUUACCUGCACUCCUGUGACCCCCCCAUCAUCCAUGGCAACCUCACCAGUGACACCAUCUUCAUCCAACACAACGGACUCAUCAAGAUUGGGUCAGUUUGGCACAGAGUCUCUGCAAAAGCGCUCCCGCCGGAGCUCCGCAGCCCGCUCUGUGCUGGACGAGAGGAGCAGCGGAACCUGCACUUCUUUCCCCCGGAGUAUGGGCGUGUGGCAGACGGGACGGCAGUGGACAUCUUCUCCUUCGGGAUGUGUGCUCUGGAGAUGGCGGUGCUGGAGAUCCAGUCCAACGGAGACGCCUGCGUGACAGAGGAGGCGAUCGAGCGGGCCCGGCACUCUCUGGACGACCCUAUCAUGCGGGAAUUCAUCCUGGGCUGCCUCCUCCCGAACCCCGACAGGCGGCCCACGGCCCACAACCUGCUCUUCCAUCGCGUCCUCUUUGAGGUCCACUCCCUGAAGCUGCUGGCCGCCCACUGCUUCAUCAGCAACCAGUAUCUGUGGCCCGAGAACGUCGUGGAAGAGAAGACCAAGGCGCUGGACCUCAGCAUCGUCAUGGCUGAGAUCCAGCAUGUGGGCCGCCCCCCCGUGCAGUGGAGAUACUCAGAGGUCUCUUUCCUGGAGCUGGACAAGUUUCUGGAGGAUGUGAGGAACGGCAUCUACCCGCUGAUGAACUUCGCCUCCGCCCGGCCUCACACGCUGCCGCGCUCGGCCUCGCAGCCCCCGGAGGACUCCCAGAAAGCCAAGACCCCCACGCCGGAGCCCUUCGACGUGGAGACCAGGAAGGUGGUGCAGAUGCAGUGCAGCAUGGAGUGGAACGAGGAGAAGAGGCAGCGGCACCUCACGCUUCUCCUGGUCCUGGAAGACAAGCUCCACCGCCAGCUGAGCUACGACCUGCUGCCGACUGACCACCCACGGGCCCUGGCUGCCGACCUCGUGCACUACGGAUUCAUCAGCCAGGAUGACUGUGAGAAGCUGGCUGGGUUCCUGGACUCGGCCUUCCACAAGCACCAGGCGCCCCCGUCCUGAGCACCCCGCCCCGCGCCGGGCUCUGCAGCCAGCGGCCGUGUCCCGAGAGGAAGAGUCGUGCCGUGGACCUGCUGGAGGCUCCGACCGAGCACCUCCGCCUGCGCCAGCCCAGAGGCCGAAGAAGAGGCGGGAGCAUAAGGCCGGCCGGAGGAGCACCUGGAGCAGGCAGCGAGUGCGCGGCUGAGGACGGGGGCUGGCCGGAGCCGGGACCUCGGCACCCGGCUGCCCCCUGGCGCUGGCCCUCCCCUGCUGUGCGGCCCUCUUGGGAAGACGGACCUGCAGACAGGCUGGCACGGGGAAGGGUCUGGCCCCUGCCCGCCCCACUUCCUGCUCUUCCUUCGCGGUUCCUGCGCUCCCCGGCCUCUUGCCCCCACUGGCAGUGGGGGAGCUGCGGAGGCAGCUGAGCUGUCAGUGGCCGCACUGGGAGGAGCAGAGCGCAGGCCUUGCCUCCGCCUUUUGGGAGCGUUGCUCGGGCCUCCGCUGGCUCUCCUGGGGCUGCAGCUGCCCGGCGCGGCCCGCCACCGCGUGCGCUGCUUGCCCCCUGCGAACUGGCUGUGCCUGCCCCAACGCACGUGGUCCUGCCUGACCUGCCCAACAUCCCCGAAGAAAACUCCGAUCAGUGCAUUAAAAUCCGGUGAGCCCCGGGGGCCCGCGGCCUGCUCUGUCUCUGCCCCCGUUCCCAGGGCUGCAGAGGCAGCCCUGCCAGGGCCAGCGCAGGGCGGCAGGAGGCGCCCCGGCUGGGGACACCGAGGGGGGAGGGCCUGCUUGGGCCUGCUGCCAGCUGAGCUGUGGGAUCGGAAGGCCAUUCGUGCCGCAUUUUCUCGACUGAUUCCCCUCCUGGAGCUCAUGCUGGCUGGAGCGGGAGCCACUUUCUGAGAUCAUGGGGGUGGGUGGCUUCAAGUCUAGACAGGAGACAUGUGUCACAGCCAUCCAGGUGGCGAAAUCUUUCGAUCUUACCAGUCCAUCCAUGUUUUUGAUCUGCCCAAGGGGCUGGUCGUGCCCCCCCCCAUUAUAGGGUGGAAUCCAGACCUCCCAUUUUCAGCCUUAUCCCCAUGAAGAGGGGCUGCUUGUGGGGGGACGAGGCAGGCUGGGGCCCAGCCUUUGCUCCCUGAGACCAGCUCUGCUUGGCUGGCUGCUGGCUGGCGGUUCCUGCUUUCGCGACAGCAACUCUCCUGCAGAGCCAGCAAGAGCCACCCAAGGGCGCCCCAGGAUGCUCUGGGCUGGUGCCGCUGGGCCUCGGCCCCCCGGACUUGCUGCCUGCUGAGGGGCCGGAGGAGGAGCAGGGCUGGUAGGCCGCUGGGCUUAAGGCAGGAGGCGGCCCUGUGGCUGGGCGUUCCUGCCCGUGCAGCUGGGUGUGAUGCUGGCCUCCACCUGCUCGUCACACCGAGCGCUUCCCCCACCGCUUGCCCAUGAAGCCCAGCCAGGUUUCUGCUGGGAAGGCUGCUGCACCGGCACCAGCGACUGCGCAUGGGGGCUGCCCUCCCUUGACCCGCCCCCGUUUUCCUGGAACACUUGUCAUCAGCUGUGGAGCCUGCCUCUCGUGGGGAACCCAGGCAAGCUUCUGCUGCCGCCUUGGGUCCAGACCCUUGGCAGCCAUUGUGAGAUGCAUGUUCCCGAGUUGCCGCCUGCACGCAGACCAGAGCGGUCCCCCGGUGCAGCUCAUCCAGCCGGAACAUGGCACUUCGGUCAGGACACGGAGCGUGGCAUCCUAGCAGUGGCGAGAGGAGGAAGGAUGACGUUCCUUCCGGCAAAUGCCUGCUGGCCACGCAGAAGGUCCCUGCGGGUGCUGUAGCAGGGCAUCUCUGCAGAGGCCCAUUCUCCAUGCAUCCCCCGCUGGGGACCUGGGCGGCCCGUUCUGCCGCUGAUCGGCCUCUGGCAUCCCGUCACAAAGGCCCUGGAUGGCAGGGCUGGCGGAAGCUUCUCUGCUGGAGGGUUGGAAGAACUGCUGCCUGCCGGAGCAGACGGACUGGCAGAGCAGCCUCCGGGGGCAGACGCUGCAGAGGGAAUCCUGCACGAAGCAUUUGCUGCCACGUGAAAAGGAUGGCUUUUUAAAGGGAACGUUUCUAGCCGCAGAUCCAUCUUUUCAGUACAGGAAAUGAGAUGGAAACGAGCAACAGCUCGCUGGCUCUGUCCAGCAUUAAUUUUCCUGCAGGGGGACAGCCCAGAACAUGAAACGGCCCCCUGGGCCAGAGCAGUGGUCCGCCCAGCCCCCUCUUCACACGUGGCCGGCUGGCUGCUGGCAGGGCCCUCGGGCAGGACGGGGCCUGGGUCCUACCUGCCCCAGUGCUCCAGCAACUGGUGUACGCAGGCAUGCCGCCUCUGGUGCCGGGGGCACGUGGCCAGCAGGGCCGGUGGCUACAGGGAACCUCCUCUGCGUGAGUCUGGCCAGUCCCCUUUGAGCGCCGUCCCGUUGGGGCAGGUCAGCCAAGUGGAGGCGAAGAAAGUCCCCUUUUGCACCUCAGACCAGGCCAACUGUUCAGAACAGUGCCUGGCUUUUCCAAAAAGCGCCAGGAUCCUGCCACUUGUGGGCCGAGACCUGGCACCCUGUUUGACCCCUGGGCACACAGCGAGCCUGUGGCUUCCCCCUCAUGACCUGCACGGCGGCGUGCCCAGGAACCGGCGAGGCUCCCAGCUGCCGAAUGCUGAAGAUGCUGCCAGAAGAAGGCUGGUCCGGGUGCCCGGAGCAGAGAAGCAGAUGCUCCCUCGUCGGGUGUGGCCCGUACCCCUUCUGGUCUCCCUGUUUGGAAAAAACCAGGAUUCCCAGCCUGCAUCGUGAGCGCCGCAAGGCAUUUACUGGGUCGCUUGCUGUGCAGCGGCCGGCCCCGGGUUCCAGGGAGCAAGCGCCCGCCUCGCUUGGUUGGUGCCUGCGGGAUGCACUGCUCGCCCCUCUGCUGCCCCACGCUGUGGUUCUGCCAAGUUGGGCCUGGGCCUCGUGUCUCGGGUGAUAAAGUCGCUGCAUCCCGCUGCUCUGUGGCCCCAGGAGCCUCUGCGGAGCGAUCCAAAGCCACGGGGAAGGGAAGGGGAGGCCGCUCUGCAGCCGGCGCACACGGCAGCCCAUCAGGCUGGUCCAGACUCCCCCCAGAGCCUGCCCUCCAACACGGGUGGAUCAGGAUGGGCUGUGAGGCAAGCCUUGACUGGGACUCCUCCAGAAGUUGUCCUGAUGAUCGGAAACUGCACUGAAGAGCAGAGGUCGUAGCAAAAUGAAAUGCGUCUUUUAACAUUCAGACAUUUCUGCUUGACUUUACACAGCAAAAAUAAGGCAUAUGGAAAGUUGGUGCUUCCACAAACCACCUCUGUCCAGCAUUUCCAGAAAUUGCAUUUGUUGGGAGCUGUCCUAUUUCUCCAUGACGUUAUGGACUAUGUUCAUACAAUCUUGCUUCAAACAGUAUUACGGCUUAUUCACACGCACCCAUAUUCAGAUCUGCAAUCAGCUUUGUAUGUGUGUACCUCUGGCCUGCAUCUGGAAAUGUUCUGCACAUACUUGGCCAUGUUUGUUGCAAAUUUGCUGCUUUUAUAGAAAAGUGCACUACAAUUGUAAAAAGUUGAGCUGUGCUGCCACGCUGUGAUUAAACACUGGAAGCACACCGGA